AUGUGUAAGUUCCUCAGUAUGACGUGAGCACAACCGAAACACUAAAGAAAGCCACUUUAAAAAUAAACCAUGCGCUAUCGUCACACUUCUUAAUUUAUGCAGAUCGUGACGUGAGUCCUGAUCAUGUUUGGCCAGUUGGGGAAUUUGAGGACGUAAAGAAGAUAGCAACGCUGCCCUGUCCUCAAACUCUAUAUAGUAGAUUUACAUCAAGUGUUUCUACGUGUAGCAGUGAACCCAGCGGAAAUAUUUUACAAACGUUCCGUAUUCUUGAUGGCCUGUACCCCCGCUCGUGUUCCGAGAUCGGCCAUGUAAAGUGUCAGUGAAAUGUAUCUCAAUGAUAAUCGUAAUCAUAGCCAACAGAAGCCUCUACGGAGGAGAGAGGGCCUGUACGAUAAGGUGGAAUCGUGCAAGUUUUUCGUCUUAUGUCAUAUAAUUACCCUCCUCCGCAGGCCUCUCUAUGGGUUUUAGCCUGCGAAUGGGUUUUGAAACAAACGUUUUUCCUCGGGUGAGAUGCCUGCGGAGGAUGCUAUCAUGUAAUCGUACUAGAAAGCCCAGCUCAAACGAGGCUGAGAGUUGCAAUUGAUGAAAGGUGGUAGCCACGCAUUGUUACAGGGGACAUUUCAAGCUCUAGAUUAACAAAAUAAAGGUUUGAUGAAUGUUCCAACUAUGUUUUAACUUAAAUACAAUACAUGAUAGUGUUGGGAAAGCAUUAAGAACAGCUAAUCAUCCUUGUUUCGUCCUGGCUUAAAAUUACAGAUAAUGGUCGACUUACGUUUUCCAAAACAGAAUGAGUCUUCUUCUCAUUUCCAUUAUAUACUUGUUUUUAAUUAUUGAUAAUGAUCCGGAAUGGUGAAAACAGAAAUACAAUUUAGUCCAUUUCUUCAUUUCCGGUUAGUACGCAUGACAAUAAACUGAAAAAGAGGACCAACCUUGCAUGAAUAUUACGAAUAAAACCAACGAAAUAUUAAGUUAAUGUGCAGCAAUAGUGCAUACGACACAAAUCAUUUUUUGAAAGGCAUGUAUCUUUCAAUUCUGCGUUUGGGGCUCAGAUCAUCACAGAGACGUAAGGGGCUUGGUAAAACAGUGAUCAGGGUACGAGUGUUUAAGCUAUGCGAGUGAAGAGUCAAAGAGUGAGAAGUGCCGGGUUGUAAACGAUGUAGCUCCAUGAUAACAGUGGCACCCUGCAAGCAGUAACCAAACCAAAGAUCUGGGGGCAUUUCCACUCAGCAUUGCAUUGUAUCAUCUAACACCGCUCUUUGUUAUGAAGUUAAUUCUUUUAUAAAAGUUAUUCUACAAAACAGGAAGCGAUCAAACUUUCGAAAACAUUCCAUCGAAAGUUCGCUACACGAAAAUUUGGCAUUUAUCCAAAGCAUUAUUUCUCGAAUAUUCUAUUGAAACAAGGCAGAAUAUUGCUGAAUGAAAGUAUGCAGACAUGUUGACUGUAUUUUGAGGUUUGAGUUAAAAAAAACAUACUAGGCUUCUUUCAACUGAUAGAAAAGAACGACCUUCAUUUUUCUACGAGAACUUUAUACAGCAUAAAACGCACAAGUUGUAACAAACUGCAGCAGACUUGUAGCAAUGCUGUUCCAACAACUUGUCAGCAGGAUGUGUUCGCACUGCUUGUUCCCAGCUUGUUGACAAGUAUUAGUCUCGUUGACAACUUGCUGCAAGGUUGUUGAGCUCAACAGAAUUGUUACAAGUUGUUCCAACAACUUGUCAUCGUCCUGCAAUUCAACAAUUUGUCAACAAGUUGUGAGUAACAACCUUGUAGCAACUUGAUAAAAUAACAGCAUUGUUACAAUUUGUUGACAAGCUUGCUACAAGCCUGUUGCGAACACAUCUUGUUGACAAGUUGUGAGAUUUUUGUGUGUGUAUCCGAGUAUCAGGCAAUCUUUUCCCACGAUUCAUACAAUAUACAAUAUAUAAUAGCAUGUAGUUCAAUUUAUUUAAAGUGUCUAGGAAGCAGAAAUAACAUGCAGUUUUUCCAAUUAAAAUUGUAAGAGGCAAAAAACUUCCCUAUUUUAAAGAAAGCGUUUCCUUUUAGGACAUCCAAACAUAUACGUCAAAGUUUGCAUUAUUACCGAAACAUACAUUAUCCACCUUAAUUUAAACCUGGACUUAUAAACAACAGGAGCCAAUUACUUAUUAAACAAGUAUUGUCUAUCUCAUGACAGUUAUUGUACUAAAUCAGCUUCCUAGCUCUUCUGAUGCAAUUACAUUCCACACCCAAGCUAAAUAUAAGUAUGAUUCAGCACACUUUGGUUUACAAAGAGCGAGUGCAGGAGGUUAUUAAAAACGCUACAAAUGAUAAACGCACCCUGGUUUAGUAAAUUAACUCUGAGACAAUAGAGAACAACAGCCUGGCCAGGGGUUUGCGGUUACAACAAUUACAAACACACAGAUUGCAAAUGUUUGCUAGAACAAUUUAAUGAAACUGUCCGAUUGUCUGGAGUUUUUGUUUAAGCACCAAACCCAAUUCAAGUUCACUCAGUUGCAUGUGAGAAGUGUGUUUCCAGUUUGACUCUACCAAACACCAAAGGUUUUCUCUUAGUAAUCCUGUUUCCUCCUCUAGUAACACUGAUUCUUACUGUAGUAAGAGAUGAUUCUUACUGGGCCUCUAGGAAGAACAGCUGAGAACUGAUAGAGCUAUCCAGUUAAUGAAUACAAUUAGUUUAGUUUAGGUUCUUCAUGUAGUAACACUAGGUCAACAAGAGAUGAUCCUUACUGAACCUUUAGGAAGAACAGUUUAGAACUGAUAGAGUUAUACAGUAUGAAUAAAGUUAGUUUAGUUUAGGUUUCUUCCUGUAGUAACACUGGAUGAAUAAAGAAUGAUCCUUACUGGACCUCUAGGGAGAAUAAUUUAGAACUGAUAGAGCUAUCCAGUAUAAAUAAAGUUAGUUUAGUUUAGGUUUCCUCCUGUAGUAACACUGGAUCAAUACGAGAUGAUCCUUACUGGAUCUCUAGGAAGAACAGUUUAGAACUGAUAGAGCAAUUCAGUUUGGAUAAAGUUAGUUUAUAGUUUAGGUUUGAGGUUGUGUAACACUGGAUAGAACUAGUAUAACUAAAAUUAGUCUAUACUUCAAAUUUAAAUCAACCUACAUGGAUAGUAUAUAAGUAGAAAAUGUUUUAACACUGAUAAAAUAUUUGAUCAGAAUACAUAUUCAUGCAAUAUUUAUUUAUAGUUCAACAACCUAAAUAAAUAUUUAUUCUUCAUAAAGACACAUUGCAUAGAUGCUUGAAAAGCCUAUACUAACCACAUAGAUGCAGAGUAGUCACUAAAAUUGGAGGUGAAUUUUUGAUGUUACGCCAAAUUUAUGUUCGUGUGCCUUUAUUAUUCAUGCAUUCCUGGCUUACAACGCGAGUGCAAACAACGUUAUUAUAUCACUGUAAAAAAUUCUUUAGUUUAGGAAAAUAUAUUUUUCUAUAACAAGUAUAAUGGCAUAAUAACUGUUUGUUCCCAUUUGUUGUAACAAGUUUGGAAGAAGCUGUUAACAACUUGUUACAAGCUUGAUGGUAUUAUCAGACUUGUUACAAGAUUGUUCUAACAAGUCUGAUACAGUCAUGAUAAAACAAGAAUGUUACAAGGUUGACGACACAAGGUUGAAACAAGUAUUAUUACAUCAAGUCUGAUACUAUCAACAAGGUUGUUAUACAAGUUGUUAACAGCUUCUUCCAAACUUGUUGACAACUUGGAACAAGCAGUGCGAACACAACUUGUUGGCAAACUUGCUAAAUACAAGCUGCGAAAUUAUUGCGUGUGUAGCAGCCAGCAUCAUUACUUCCUAAGGGAUGACCCAUAAGGCAAAUAUUUAGCCUAAACCAGUCCAACGUAUUGCUCAUGUUUUUGGUACGUAAAAUACAUUUCAUUUGGUGGAAUGUAAACAUCCUAUUACGUCACUUGGGGUGAACUCAGAACAUAUAUAAACCACUUUACUCCGCUACUUGACCAUGUUUCCAUAAACAGUACAAAAAUCAUUUCGCCAUAACGGUGGCGAACGUCACGGGCCCACCCACAGGGCACGAACAAAAAUACUUCAAAUGCUGUUAAUACCUCAUACAAUGUCAUUGUGAUGUUAUCAAUUUGGUAAUUAUUGCUCAAACAUUAUCGUGACCAUGACACAAUUGCAUUCUGGUCACGCAAGGGAUCUGUCACAAAACACAGCAGACAGCUACAGCAGAUACAGACAGGCUCGCAGCUUGAGAGUCCAUUGGCGCCUUACUCGAUCCGUGUGAAAGAAUAAAAGAGACCUACAAGUGCAUAGUUUGGUAAAAGAGCAAAGAACUCCUAGUGAUUGCUGAUUUCAACCAAGAAUUGUGAAGGUAAACGACCUCAAAGUGACAGAAAGUUGCAGGAGCCUCAGAUAAGGUUUGAUAUUAACUUGUUUAACCCAUCAACCAAUUAGGCUUCGUUUACAGAUUGUCAUCAGUACUUCUAGCACACUUUAGAUCCAGUUUAAUGGUAUUUAAGAAAUACGUGCGAAACGUCAUCUGAAGACAUCACCAACCUUUAAUAUUCAUAUUCAAUAUACAGCAAGUCCUGAAAUAGGCCCAAGAAAUAAACCCAAGAAAUAGACCCAAAAAAUAUACCCUAGUAUAGAAAGGGGUAAGUUACUAAAUUGUAAGUAAGUAAGUGAGGAUGUUCUAAUCAUCCAAUCAUCCAAUCAUACUUGCAGCUGAGAGUUAAGCUGGAUUGCGAAGAACACACCUCAACCUGAUCGAGCCGAAGGCUUUCGAAGGGCUCCUCUGGAAGCCACCUUAUCACACAUGUAUACAGUCUCAGAAACUUGAACUACAGAUCUACAGUAGGUAGAGUCACGCACUAAAGUUUCAAGCCUUCAUUGACAGCAUGGAUUUGCUUCAAUAUUUACUCAAUUGUAUAUUGUUAAGUUAUUCUGUAAUGGUUUUGCUGUGAAAGCAAACUUCCAUAGAUACCAGAAUUAUAACUGUUGACCAAUAAUAUCUCAUAAAACUUGAGAUAUUCUUUUCAGUAGAAAGGGUAACAUAUAUUUGGGGCCGGUUGAAUAGAACUAAUAGUGGAAGGCCUUUUUGGAGUUCGGAUAUUUCAUCUGCAAAAAACCAUCGAACAUUGAAGUUUGUCUGCAGCUUCAAAAUCCACCGUCAUCCCAUUUUAUAACAAGAUCUCAUCUCAAUUACGAAUUCCAGUAAAAGCACAUUACCAACUUAGCAUGUUCUUAUAACUUUAAUCUGAGAUUAUAUUUGGACUUGGUUUGUGUUGCAAUGAUGAAUUAAUUGUUAUUGGCAAGGACAUUACGAGUUUGGACUUAAUGUCAAUAAUGACUUCCUGCCAGUUUCUGCUUCAAUAGAAAUAUUUAAAAAUACCGCUAUAAACAUUCUGUUCUUUUUAACCACAACGAGUUAACAGCUUGCAUAGGCACGUACUAAGCAAUGUUGUAUAAAUACCACAGGAGUAUAUAUAAACUUGUGACCGCAUAAGGGAGGGUAACAAUUGUAUUUAAUACAUGUUUAUGGUAUGCCGGCAUUUGAAGACAAAGAAACGCAAACAGUACUUAAAUAUGUACAUAUAAUGGAAUAAUAAUAAAGUUAAUUUAGUUGCAGAAUUCAUGUUACAAGAAUAUGUGUCCUAAGUGUACCAAACAACGGUUAUUUCAAACGAGCCUUCUUUGACUUAUAACCACUAGAUGAGCUAUGGUAUUAGCUUGUAUCCAGUUGCUGUGAAAAGUGUGGAUAAAGCAACAUUUUAAGUUGUACAGACUUCAUGAUUUGACAGGAGGAAAGGUUACACAUUCUGCUCUAGCUUAAUGUUAAUGACGAAUUUUUUUAUUUGGUGAUGUCGUCAGGUGACGUGCACCUUUAUAACGUACAUCUAAGAUCGCGGAACCACUUGAAAAAGAUCACAAUUAACAGUUUGAAUAUCAAGUGAAGACUCUCGGUCAUCAACCUUUAUAGCUUCUCACGAACAGCCAAGUGCUUGAAAUAUCAUGAAUAUUUUAAUUUUUUCAGGCAGUUCAGACACAAACCACGGCAGCUUAUUCUAGAAUACUACCAACACUGGACUACCACGUUUGAGAUAUCUUUUUCAGGCAGUUCAUACACAAACCACGGCAGCUUAUUGUAGAAUACUACCUACACUGGAUCACCACGUUUGAGAUGUAUUUUUCAGGUAGUUCAGACACAAACCACGGCAGCUUAUUGUAGAAUACUACCUGCACUGGAUCACCACGUUUGAGAUAUCUUUUUCAGGUAGUUCAGACACAAACCACGACUGCUUAUUGUAGAAUAAUACCUAUACACUGGAUCACCACGUUUGAGAUAUCUUUUUCAGGUAGUUCAGACACAAACCACGACAGCUUAUUGUAGAAUACUACCUACACUGGACCAUAACGUUUGAGAGAUCUUUUUCAGGUACUUUCAGACACAAAUCUUUCACUUAGCUUGUUCUAGAUUUGGUUCAAGUCAUUGAGAGACGGACUUGAACCAAGUCUAGGUUUGUUAGUGUAAAGUUGAGCUUCAUCACAUCCAUUCUUCUUGAGCUAUUUUAGGGUGCCUAAUGACUGUUAUAUACAAAUUUGCCAAUUACUGUCUCUAUAGACUAGAAUAUUCUCUAAAGUCAUUAUGGUCGGCCCCUAUACAUUUCCUUUCUAAAAUUGGAAUCACUUUGGAUUUAGAGUUAAUCUAGUUGGUUCUUCCCAAGAUGAAUAUAUAAAUAUAAUUAUUUCGUUUGGUGGAAAACGCCACAUUUCUUUACUUCGAAUCCAGUGUAGAUCGUAUUCUAUAAUAAGCUGCCGUGGUUUGUGUCUGAACUACCUGAAAAAGAUACCUCAAACGUGGUGGUCCAGUGUAGGUAGUAUUCUACAAUAAGCUGUCGUGGUUUGUGUCUGAACUACCUGAAAAAUAUAUCUCAAACGUGGUGGUCCAGUGUAGGCAGUAUCAGUCUACAAUAAGCUGUCGUGGUUUGUCUGAACUACCUGAAAAAGAUAUCUCAAACGUUGUGGUCUAGCAGUUAAACAACUUUAGAUGUAAAAAUUUUGCCCGCAAUGGAUUAUAUAAUAACAAUGUACUUGACAUAAUUAGUUACAAUAGCAACCUAUUGCUUUGUGCGACACGCUUUUUUUUUUAGAUAAAAUUGAAACGUGCAGAAAAUACAUAUUCAAUUUUCUAUGACGAUAUACAUUUUAAUGUCAAGUACCAAAAGCUACAAACAUGCGAAUUUAAUCAAAGAAUUCCUAGAUUGGUCAAAGAGGCUUAGUGGAAUACUAAUGAUGUUUUUAAGUAACCAAAAUCGAUUAAUCGGAAAUCGUGGGCGACAUGUUUGCAAAGCUACUAAUGAGCUUAAAGACGCAACGUAAGGGGGGGGGGGGAUCAUUUUUUUAAUCUUCUAAUUCUGCUCGAUCUUUUUUUAUGUUGUUGAAGGCACUGAUUCUUUUUUUAUUCCGUGGCCACAUAUAAGAAAUUUCAUUGCUCGAUAUUUUUUAUGUCUGUUUGUUCUUGUGCGAUAUGUGUGCGUUUGCUUGAUAUUUUUGACAGAUUCUGCCCGCUCCCUUAUCAAAAAUCAAAUGGUCCACCCCUAACCUUCUUAUGUCAUGAAAAAAUAAACACUGAUCUAUUCUGGUGAAUGUAAAAAUUUAGAUAUAGCCCAUAGGUAUAUUAUAUAGUCUAUAUAAGAAGUCACGAUUCGACUUCUCAUCAUCCUUGAUGACGAUACCACACUGGAGUGCCGAAACGUUGAAUCGUGAAUGCAAUUCGACGGCUGGGCUUGGCCUGAUUCAUUUAUUAAAACCAAAGUAGCAAGCGAAAACACGAUUGACAUUAUACCUGGUUGCCGUGAACUUACAAACUUUAAAACGAAUCCACUGUUUCUCGUGUCUUCUCGUGUGAAAAACAAACUUGCAGUUUACACGAAUAAGAAUACACCUAUAAUUAAAUACCUGCCUCUCACGUACGAAGAUGGUUUAAACGUCUUUGUCACCAGCAUUGCUAGCAUUUCUCACAUUCUGUAAUAGAAAUUGGAUUGAUUUAUUUUAGUACUAUUUCUGGAAAUAUAUUUCAUAUUCGCUUUACUUUACUUUACUUUUACGCUCGUCUAUUUACAGUGGCGUAGCCAGACCUUCAUUUUUGGGGGGGCGAAGCGAACGCCGAAGGCGCGAGACCAUCUAUGGAGGUCCGGGGGCAUGCACCCCCGUGAAAAUUUUGAAAUUUAGAGUCCCUCAAAUGUGAUUUCAAGCAAUUUGGGGGUGAAAUCUUGCAGAAUUCCGAAGAUUAUAAAGUACGCUCUAGGGGGGUUCGAGGGCAUGCACCCCGGGGAAAAUUUUAAAAUUUAGAGUCCCUGAAAUGUGAUUUCAAGCAUUUUGGGGGUGAAAUCUUGCAGAAUCCCGAAGAUUAUAAAGUACGUCGAAGACAUAAAUUUUCCCAGACAUUUCUAAGUUUCUACUCGCUUUUAUAUAUGAUACAGAAUAAGUCUGAGAAGAAUAUUCAUGUUAUCAUAAUGCAUAUACAUGUAAAUCUGAACUAAAUCUAUUCCUCUUGGAACCAUAUCUACAACUGUUUUAACGAGAUUUUAGAAAUCAAGUUCUUCCAGUAUUUCGUCGUUUUCCUCAGUCGAGACGUACUUAAUCCGUUUCAGCUUCGAGGAUGUAACGUGUACCCCCCUCCCCCCCAUUUCUCUACGGAUUUAGCCUUUUUCAGAGAAUAGUUUUUUUGCGAUUGGGGGGGGCGACCGCCCCCCCUUGCCCCCCUUGGCUACGCCCCUGUCUAUUUAUAUCGUUUAUUUCUGUUAUUCUCUCUAGAUGUUUCUACACAUUUCUCAAACGUUUUUCCUAGCAGCCAUUUGGUUCACUUGCAAAGCAGUCGGUACGUAUGAUAUACUAAACACCUUCGACUCAAUUACGAUAAUCUUCGACAAACUAAGAAACAAUGCCAGGUUUCGCGACGGUCGACAAACGAGGAAACAGUGUUUCCUAGCCAUGUCUCACGAAGAUGGGCAAACCAGGAAACAUUGUUUCCUAUAGUCACGUUUCUCGAAGGUGGGCAAACCAGGAAACAUUGUUUCCUAGCCAUGUUUCCCAAAGGUGGACAAACCAUAAAACAUUGUUUCCUAGCCAUGUUUCGUGAAGAUGGACAAACCAGGAAACAUUGUUUCCAAGUCACGUUUCCCAAGGGUGGACAGACCAUGAAACACAACUAUGAAAACAAGCUUUAAAAUUUUGUUUUGCUCUCCAGAAAUCAAUUUGUUAGAUGACUUCGACAUCAAUGAAAGCAUCGACAAUAUUGCAGAAACAGAAGGACUGCAAUACGAAGGCAGAGCGUUCAUCUUUGGCGAUGUAAAACAGAAUUUAAUGAAAAGAGGCGAGCUGGCUAGUGAAAUAGCCAAACAAUCCAAGAUUUAUAGAGGUUUCACUGUGACCGCAAAUGUGAAGGUUGACAAUAACCAGGAAUGUGCUUUGAUGUGGAUUGAAACUAUUUACAGUGAGUAGAACACUAUAUUUCAUAGUUGAAGUAAAGUUUAGUUUAGGCUUCCUCGUGUAAUAAUACUGGAUCAAUGAGAGAUGAUGAAAAACGAUGAAGGUAUCCAGUAUAAAAAAGUUAGUUUAGUUGAAGUUUCCUCCUGUGGUAACACUGGAUCAAUAAGUGAUGAUCCUUACUGGCGUCUGGGAAGAACAGUUUAGAACUGAUAGAACUCUCCAGUAUAUAUAAAGUUAGUUUAGUUGAGGUUUCCUCCUGUAGUAACACUGGAUCAAUAAGAGAUGAUGAUCCUUACUGGACCUCUAGGGAGAACAGUUUAGAACUGAUAGAGCUAUCCAGAAUAAAUAAAGUAAAUUUAGUUUAGGUUUCCUCCUGUAGUAACACUGGAUCAAUAAGAAAUUAUCCUUACUAGAACUCUAGGGAGAACAGUUUAGAACUGAUAAAGCUAUCCAGUGUAAAUAAAGUUAGUUUAGUUUAGGUUUCCUCCUGUAGUAACACUGGAUCAAUAAGAGAUGAUCCUUACUGGACCUCUAGGAAGAACAGUUUAGAACUGAUAGAGCUAUCCAGUAUAAAUAAAGUAAAUUUAGUUUAGGUUUCCUCCUGUAGUAACACUAGAUCAAUACGAGAUGAUCCUUGCUCAACAUCUAGAGAGAAAAGUCCAGCACUGACAAAACUAUCCGAUAUAGUUCACAUCAGAUUCUUAAAAUGCAUUCUCUCUUUUCACCUCUAGCUCGGCCAGUGCUUGGUAUUUGGGUAAUAUGUCGCGAUGACAGUUGCAGUCUGACAAUGCUGUACAUGAUCUAUGGUAGAUCAUACGAAGUCAGUUUUGAUAAUAUAGGCCCUCUCUACGACGGAGCUUGGCACAAGCUAGCUAUUCAUGUUACCGGCGUGAGGAAAGGCCUGAGUGCCUUUGCUUCAGUCUACGUGGAUUGUGCCUUGCAGGGGAAGAAAGCGUUGUUGAAAAAUUAUAACACAUUAGUACCAUUCGUCAAUAAAAAACCUACGUCAUCACAAAUCUGGCUGGCACAAAGGUCACGUGGCGGUCGAGGAGGAUUUGAGAGACCUUGGAGGGUAUGAUUAUGAAAGAUCUUUAUAAGUAAUUCUAUCAUGUAGGAACCACCUGGAUACAUAGUUUGCCCUCAGCAGAAGCCAGUGUGCUUCCUGUAAACCAAUAAGAAGUGGCCUUGCAGGACAGAAAGAACAAUUUCUCUGGAAAGAACAGUUUAGAAUUGACAGAGUUAUCCAGUAUACAAUAUAGUUUCAAGUUUGUUUAGUUUUAAUUUCAGCAACUUACAGUAUUCCUAACAACAAGCGACCGCACUGAAUACCUGGGCUUAUGAAAUAAGAACAAUCCUCUUCUUUCUAAUUUCCAGGGAAGUCUACAAAAUCUUAAGUUCGUGUUCAACAGGGACAUUGCAAAACUAACUGAUCAGACUGUAUGCUCAAUCUUGAGGGAGACAAGACGAAAACAUUAUUCUCCUCCAGUGACUAACAAUGGUGAAUAACAGCUAAUUGGUUGUUGAUGAUGUAAUGGAACUGUAAUACAUACUGCAACCCCUAUGCAACCUGCCUACAACUUGGGUUGUACUGUGUAAAUCUGCAAACAUACAACUCGUCUACGUUGUCUUGGGAUUAUCCCACCAAACUGACCCUUCCACCGUAGCUGUCCUCCGUGUGAUGAAACACGAGUCAUAAGGUGGCUACAAAAGGCGUUCUUAGUAAGCCUUCGACUCGAUCAGGUUGAGCUGCGUCCUUCGUAAUUCAGCUUAGCUAUCAGCUGUAAGUAAGGAUGAUUAGCACUUAGUUAGGUGAGUUGUGUGCUUGAUUAAUUGAUUUACACAGUACAACUCGAGUUGUAAGCAGGUUGAAUGCGACAGUUUUACAGUAAGUCGUCCUUAAUAGAAGUUCAACUAUAUAAUAUAAACUACAAAACAUUGCUCAAUUGCUUUCAUUAAGAUACCACAACAGACACAGACGAAGAAGGCAACACAGUCGGUGAUCCCUUGCGAGGAAUGGCGGCUAAUGUCGCUCAACUGGAAAUUCUCUUAAGCAGUCAAGUUAAAGAAACGCAAUAUCUCCGUCGAAUGAUUGAAAAUUUCCACUUUGCCGACAGAAGAGGUAUGUGGUAUUGAGUGCAAACAAAGUGGGAUUAAAUUUGUGUGGCUUUAAAUAAGCGUUACGAAGCUGAAGAUAUUCGAGACGCAGUUAGUUUGCAUGAGAGUUUUCUCAACUCUCGUGCCCCCAUCAAACGAGAACAAGAGUUGCAUGAGAGUUGAGAAGCGAGAGUUUGCAUGAGAGCUUUCUCAAUUUUCGUGUCCCCAUCAAAGGAGAACAAGAGUUGAUAAGAGUUGACUGGAUAUUACCGCGCGCGAGCGAAAACUCUCAUGAGUCUCAUCAACUCUCGCCAUCGUUUGACCGAGAGGCUUAAGUAGUGAAACUAGUGCUACAAGUACUACUGACAAUAUUCGUGUUUUUCUAGUGACUUCGUGCAACUUGAGGCCAUGUUAUGCCGGUGUGUCUUGUACAGAUACUCCUGAUGAGACUCCAGGUUACCAAUGUGGAAAAUGCCCGAUGGGUUUGGAAGGAGAUGGGAUGAACUGCACAGAUAUAGACGAGGUAGGAUCUCCUGUGUCUAAGCUCAGGAUAUUGUCUCCUACGUUUCUUACACAUACUCUUACAGCGUUAACCGCCGUGUUGUACAAUAAUAAUAACAAUAAUAAAAGCAUUUAUUUAAACACGAUGGUAAAUUUACAGCAUAGCUGAUGUGGUCGAGCACGUGAAACUAACUACAAUAUAUAAAUUUAAAAUACUUAUUAAUAAUUCAUAAACCUUGUGGCAAAUCAUGUCAGCCAUAAUAUGUCAGGUGGAGUGACUUUAUAUCUGAUAAAACUCAUCUUCAUUACUAUUCUUUAUAUAAUUGUUCAUCCUAAUUAGUAUUCUUUUGUAGUCGUAUUUUAAGCUAUUCAAAACACUCGUUGUCGUGUUUUAUCAGACAUAUCUGAUAAAAUUCUCCUACUCGUGUUUUAAAUAGUACAUAAACAUAAAUACAUCAUAAAUACGGCCAUAACUUCGUUUGUGUUUUGUGGCAAUGAAUAUUUUACUUUCUGGUUUCAAAAUAUGGUUGUUGCGUGACCACUAAAGUUGCGUAACAUUGCCAUUGGUGUAAAUCUCAAUUUUUGUGUUUUUAUUUCUCUAGUGCAAGUACAAGCCAUGUUUCUCUGGUGUCAAAUGUACAAACAUGGCGGAAGCUUAUAAAUGUGGACCCUGUCCUAUUGGUUACCGAGGGGGAGUGGUGAUGGGGGUUGGUUACAAACACGCUAUGAAUAAACAGGUACAACUAAACAGCUCGAAAGUAACCGAAGGAAACCGCGUUCAAUUUGGCUUUCUGACCGAGUUUAAUUUCGUUUUAAAACUAAUUUUUAACAAGUGCCGUUCGCAAAAGACGACGUGACUAGCACGAACAGACAAAUUUUAGUUUGUCAAAAAACGAAGAAGCAUGCCUGUAUAUUUAGUUUUUUUGCAGAUAAUCAAAAUAGAAUUUUGUUUCAUAUUCUCAAAAUUGAGUGUCCACUAACUUGCUCAAACCCAAUUGCAUUAAUUGGUCGAAAAUUUUCAUAUAUCAAGCCGAAAACGGAGUUCUGGCAUUUGAAAAUGCAGUUGUGGCUUUUGAAAAGGUAGUUCUGGAAUUUGAAAACGGAGUUUUGGCAUUUGAAAACAGAGUUUUGGCAUUUGAAAAGGGAGUUCUGUCAUUUGGAAAAAGAGUUUUGGCAUUUGAAAACGGAGUUUUGGCAUUUGAAAACGCAGUUCUGGUAUUUGAAACGGAGCUCUGGCAUUUGAAAACGGAUUUCUGGCUUUUGAAAAGGUAGUUCUGGGAUUUGAAAACGGAGUUUUGGCUUUUGAAAAGGGAGUUCUGGGAUUUGAGUUUUGGCAUUUGAAAACGGAGUUUGGGCAUUUGAAAACUGAGUUUUGGCAUUUGAAAAUUGAGUUUUGGCAUUUGGAAACUGAGUUUUGGCAUUUGGAAACGGAGUUCUGGCAUUUGAAAACGGAGUUUUGGCAUUUGAAAAGGGAGUUCUAGCAUUUGAAAACAGAGUUCUGGCAUUUGAAAAAGGAGUUCUGGCUUUUGAAAACGGAGAUCUGACAAAAAGACAGGCAAACAAACAAAUAGUCAAACAAACAGACAGAUUGGCCCCGGUGGACAUAGAAUGGAAGAAGAUCUUUUAACAAAACGGCAACCAGGGCAGUUUAUCGCGUUAUAAUACUAAAUAAACUUUCCUGUUUCACAUUUCUCCUUUCAAAUUCAGAAUUCGGUAAAUCGGAAACAAAUUUUUUCUAGAUUUACAGAAACUUUAACUCAGACUUCCUUAGCUAAAAUGAACCACAUAUAUCACCAAAAUAAUUGGUGAACUUGGCCGCUCAUGCUUUAUAGAUUAUUUGAGUUUCUCUAGAAAUAAAUUUCUCUAUAAAAAAAAAUCGCUUUAAAUGUCAACAUUUGCAAUGAUAUUUUCACAGGAUGAAAGCAAAGGUUCUAUUCUAUUAAAUCUAGGUGUGUACGGACAUUGAUGAAUGCUUAAACUCAAACCCCUGUGCAAGUUUCUCAAAAUGUAUGAACACGAUUGGAAGUUACAAGUGUGGGGCGUGUCAAGAAGGUUACUAUGGCAACCCAUAUGUCAAAUGCAAAGGCGUCAGAUAUUGUUCAGGUGCCGCAGAGACCAACCCAUGUGACAAAAACGCGAUGUGUAUCAGCAAACACCAUGGACGUUCGUUCGAGUGCUCGGUAAGGGGAAAUAUGAAUUCUUAUCUUUUUUUAUAUCUUUAUAUCAAUUUCACAUACUUGGUAAUGUAUUGGAAUUAUGAAAGAUCAAUAUGAUAAUUUCAAUUGAUCAUUUUAUUAUGAUUAUUCAUUUAAUAAUCAUUCUAAUAUGUUGAUCAGUACAUGUUGAUCAUUUUCUGAUGUGAUUAUGAUUUUUUAACAUAAUCAAUAUUCAUCUAAUUGUGAUCAUUUGAUUAUGAUUACUUUGUCAUAAUCGCUUUUAACAAUCAUUUAGAAUAAACAAAAUGGUCAUUUGAUUCUCUGUGAUCAUUUUAUUUAAAAGAUCAUUCUAGUCAGGGGCGUAGCCAGCCUGACGAUUCAGUCCCGCUAUGCAAAUAUGCCAUGUUUAUAAACUAUCAACACAAUUAAUCAAUUUCUAAAGAAAUGAACGAGUUAAAAUUGGCAUAUAGUUCAUAAAAAUAGACGCUCACAUUGGCAGCUAGGCACGUGAUAAACUGAUAUUAGAUAAAACAAAUUCUGCACAAGCGAGAUUACACCAAUAUAUUACUUUCAUGCAACGUUCAUGAAUCAAUAAUUUUCUCACAAUAAAACCCCCUGCACGAGAAAACAAACACUGAUAGUUCACAAAAUUGAUACGGCCGGAUACGUACUGAUACUGAUACCAACCUGGAAAAGCCAAGAUAUUAAAUUCCUGCUCUGCAAUCUUUCUUUUUCAUAUUCAGAUACAAAACCUAUUUCCCAAAGUUUAUAAAUAUCGCAAUAUAUUACUUGUUUGAUGAAUAUCAAUUCUGGUAGACUCUCGGAGGGUUUUAAAUACAUAAUUGUAACUUUCAAAAAAUUCGCCAUGUUGCAAAGAUGACAGUACUUCAUUUAUGACACCUUUAAAUGUUCUCACAUAUUCCAGUGAGCUCUGCAUGUAACUGAACUAUGGUUAAUGAAAGUUACUAAAGGCAGUCAUUUGAAUGAGAAAAUAAUGAUUUUCUUUUCAUUAGAACGGUAGUCUUGUAUUUGGUGGCAAAUAAAUUAAAUUAGGAGAUGUAGUCUAAUUUUCUUGCUUUUUAAAAAACAUAUUUGAUGUGUAUGUCGUCAUUUUGACUUCAGUUUCCACUUCCCAAAUCAAACAAAAUGUUUGUGUUUUUUAACAAUCACUAUGACACUCACGCACAUAUAAGUGAUAUAACACGUAUAAAACAUGCAGAAAUGAACAAUUUUUACGACUUGAUGCAUCCGUCUAACACUGUCUUUUAUUAUGUAUACGUCUAAUCUCUCAUUUUAACCCAUUUUUUUCUUCCAUGAACCAGUGCAAAGUGGGUUAUGUCGGAGACGGACUGUAUUGCGGCAAGGACUCGGAUCUUGACGGCAUUCCUGACUAUGCACUAUCGUGUACUGGACCACACUGUACUAAGGUAUGCAUCUGGUAUAGACCUAGUCGACUAACUGUUUACGAAGAGUGUCGUCCCUUAUAAAAUUUAAUUUUUAUUAUUCAGGAUAACUGUCGCGAUUUUCCCAACCCUGAUCAAACUGAUCUGGACAAAGAUGGUGAAGGCGAUGUCUGUGAUAAUGAUAUGGAUGGCGAUGGAAUACCCAAUAACAGGGUAAGGACGACAUUGUCUUGCUAUUUUGGAGAUUCAUAAACAAUUCUGAUCAGGGCAUUUUUCUUUUGCUUUCUGUUCUUUUGUUUAACUUCAGCGUAUAGCAAUUACCAAUCUCAUGGUAGCGCGAGGAAUUUGCAAAAAUCCAUGUGGCUGGUUAUUACAUGAGAAAAAUAUACAAUGUGAACAUGCACAAUGGUCUCACACACAAUGCGAACCAAAUAGCCAAAGUUUUGAAUAACAGAGAACAAAGGCAGAUGAACUAAUUUCGAGUUGCAAAACAUCCAAAUUGUAUCGUAGAUAAUAUACCGAAAACGAAAAUUGUGAACGCAAAUUGAAACCGCUAACGAAAAUGAUCUGCUGAGCAAAGCCAUGUAAAUGAAAAGUGAAAUUCUCUCCGAUUAUAAAAAACAAGUGUUUCAUUUGAUUGUUUUAAUUAAAGUAUGUUUCUCCAUUCAACGUGUUUUCUAGGAUAACUGCCCUAGAACAAUCAACGCAGAUCAGAAGGCGUCAGACAGUGACUCACUCGGUGAUGCCUGCGACAACUGUCCCACAGUGGCGAAUGAAGAUCAGAUGGACUCGGAUGGUGUGGGCCAGGGAGACGCUUGCGAUGCAGACAAGGAUAACGAUGGUUAG